AUGCUCCACUUAAUUAAUAAUAAUAAUAAUAAGAGAAGAACAGCUCACAUAACACCAUCAUGGGAAAGAAGAUUAAACAAAAAAAUCGAAGGCCUCAGAGCAGAUCUAGCACGAAUGCUAGAAUACAAACGAGGCAACAGAAAUCGAAGACUCACACGCAAAGUAAACGAGAUUAAAAACAAAUACAAACAACAUACUAAAAAGAACUCGCCCAAUACAUCAACAGACCAACUUAUAGACACAAUCAGACAAAGACUAGCAAUACUAUCGAAAAGAAUGAAACAAUAUAAAAAAAGCAAUGCGAGAAAAUCGGACAACUAUCUGUUCACCAAUAAUCAAAAAGCAUUCUAUAACAAAAUAAACGAAGACAAUAACAUAGAACUCACAGAACCACCUACAAAAGAAGAAAUCGAAACAUUUUGGGGAGAAAUAUGGUCCAACUCGGUAACAUACAACAACGAAGCAAACUUCAUGCACUUAAUCAACGAAGAAGCAGUAAGGAUUAAUGACAUGGCAUGCAGCCAAAUCACUGAAGAAACACUAACAUCACAAAUGAGCAAAAUUCACAACUGGAAAAGUCCCGGACCAGACAAAAUUCACAACUUCUGGCUGAAAAAGUUAACUAGCAUGCACCCCAAACUCCUAGAAAUAUUUAAUAACAUCCUGGAUAAUCCACAAAAUCUCCCAGAUAAAAUAUGUGAGGGCGUAACGUACCUAAAACCAAAAAACCCGAACACCAAGAAUCCGGCCCACUACAGACCCAUUACGUGCCUUAACACAAUAUACAAACUAUUAACUGGAUGUAUCACACAAAUAGUAACAAAACACUGUGAAAACCAACAAAUUAUUGCUGAAGAACAAAAAGGUAGUCGCAUUGGAACACUAGGGUGCAAAGAGCAAUUAACAAUAGAUCCAAUAAUCAUGAAUCAAGCUCAUAAAAAGAAGAGAAAUUUAUUUACAUGCUUCAUAGAUUACAUCAAAGCAUACGAUAAAAUCCCACACUCUUGGAUCAUACAUUCUUUAAAGCUUUACAAAAUCAACAACAAAGUCAUAAACCUCCUUCAAAAUGCAAUGACUAAGUGGAAAACAACAGUUCAAUUAAAGACGCCUAAAGAAGACCUGAAAACGGGAAAAAUCAGCAUAAAGAGAGGUAUAUACCAAGGGGAUAGCCUAAGCAGUCUUCUAUUCUGUUUAAGUAUGAACUCGCUCUCAUCAAUUCUCAAACACAACAACAAAGGCUUCACAAUCAAAACAAAAGAACAAAAACACACAAUAACACACCUCUUCUAUAUGGAUGAUCUGAAACUAUAUGCAGACUCCGAAAGAAAUCUUAUUAAUAUAAUUAAAAUUGUGGAAAAAUUCAGUAUAGACAUAAACAUGGAACUGGGUACGGAAAAAUGCAAAAUACAAGCUAUAAAGAAAGGUCAAAUAAUAACAACAAGACAACCGAUCUAG